CUACGCAGCACACUACCUAGACUGCUUCUCAGUGCGCGUUCCUGAGCCAGCCGUCCCCAAAUACUGUCUAGGUAGGUAGCUCGAUUUGUUUUGAGACAUCGUCGUGCUUGUGUUUUCAGAUAGAGCUGGAGCGUGAACCAUCGUCGUUAUUUGAUAUAUAUAUAGCCUACAUUGCGUCGCGUCGGUAUGACAGAAACAUUCAGCGUGCGCGAUCACAGGCAGCUGACGCGUUUAUACUGUAUGAAUGGAGGCUAUCACCUUCAGAUCCUCGAGGACAUGACAGUGGCUGGCACACGAGAGGAAAAUAACUAUAGCGUACUGAGAAUUAAAGCCACAAGUCCAGGAGUUGUGGUUAUUGAAGGAACAGAAGCAGGCCUAUACCUCUCCAUGAAUCAAGAUGGCAAGCUGUUUGGAUCAACAUCAGUAACAGACGAAUGCUACUUUUUGGAAAGAAUGGAGGAAAACCACUACAACACAUAUCAGUCCAACAAGCAUGGUGAAAAAUGGUAUGUCGGAAUUAAAAAGAAUGGAAAAACGAAACUUGGCCCGAGGACACACAUCGGACAAAAGGCUAUUUUUUUCCUCCCUCGACAAGUUGACCAGCCACAGGAGUAAAACCCAAAACCUGCUAGUUACACAAAUGUGAAUAUGCUUAGUUUAACCUAUACCUCUCCAUAUCACGAAGAAAACCUGCAGGCAGCUUGAACUUAGACUAGGGCUGUUUACAUUAUAACUAUAAAAAAUAUAGUUUUAAAAAUCGUUUUAUUUUCAAGAGAAUAUCUUAACAACCUUACCGUAAAGAUACAAGGUACGAUAUUGUUAGGAUCACUUGUUAAAUGAUUUCUUCCAAGUGAUGUACGAUAAACCACUGACAGCCAUUCAAAUUUACUUCUAAUCUAAAGUGCACGCGCAUUUGAUAUUAGUUAAUGCCAUUGAAGGUAAAUGAUUUGUGUAAGUGCUGCACCUCGCGAGCAAAUUAGUAUAAAGUUAUCUUCCGGUGGUGUGGACGUUAUCGUUAUAAUACCGUUAUAAUGUGAAUGGCCCUUAACCCUACAUCCCAAUUUGCGUACUAUCCAUCCUAAAUAGUAUUUAAAAUUAGAAUUAGUAAGUCCCAAAUUGUAGUAUGUUGAAAUAAGUAAGCUUAUCUAUAAAGAAGGUUCGAAGCGUUAAAGGAAAACAUCACCGUUUUUCAAUAUGUUACUAUGUUCUUACCCCAACUUGGAUGAAUUAAUACAUACUUAUCUUUUUUCAAUGCGUGCACUUCAUCUUUGCACAGCACGUUGUGAACGUGUUAGCAUUUAGCCUAGCCCCAUUCAUUCCUUAGGAUCCAAACAGGGAUGAAUUUAAAAGCCACCAAACACUUCCAUGUUUUUCCUUAUUUAAAGACUGUUACAUGAGUAGUUACACGAGUAAGUAUGGUGGCACAAAAUAAAAUGAGAACUAUAUUGUAUGGCGGAAGAGCACUUAGUUUGCAGCACUUCGACCUCCAGCACCGUAAUAUUUACGGAAGUUUGAGCAAGAGGGGGAGGAGUCAGGAGUGAUGAUGUUACUGCGCGCCGAGGUCGAAGUGCUGCCAUCUGUCAAGUGCUCUUCCGCCAUACAAUAAUUCUAAUUUUGUAUCCGCUUUAAAAAAUCACGUUUUAUUUUGUGCCACCAUACUUCCUAGUGUAACUACUCAUGUAACAGUCUUUAAAUAGGGAAAGCAUGGAAGUGUUUGGUCGCUUAGGGCGAAUUGGGAGGCAGCUUAAUUGUAUUAUUCUAAAUAUAAUGCAGUAUACUCACUGGGCACUGUAUAAGGUACUGUAUAGAUUGCUAGCAAUGUGAUGGACACCCAUUUACCUCCCCAAAUGCCUUUAUUCUUCAUGAAAUAUUUCAUAAAGUGCUGGCAGACCAUGCAAAGUUUUUCCAAUUUUACACGGUCCAAUUUUGGUAUUACUGCAGCCUUUUUAUCAGCUUGAACAAGUUUAGCUAUUCCUCAGUCUGACCUCUGUAAUCAUCAAGAGAUUUUUCCCUGAGAACUGCAACUUUUUGGACCAUUUUCUGUAAACCCUAGAGAUAGUUAUACAUGGAAAUCCCAGUAGAUUUGCAGUUUGUGAAAUACUUACACCAGCCCAUCUGGCACCAAAAUGCCAUGCCAUGUUCAGUCACUUAAAUCACAUUUCCUCCGUUCUUAAGCUUGGUUGAACUAUUAACCACGAUAGAUCCUAUUAACCACGUCUACAUGCCGAAUGCAUCGAGUCGGUGCCACGUGAUUGGCAUGUACACUUUGCUAACAGACUUCUGGAAGGGCCCUGUAUCGUUUGGAACGCCACUACAAAUGGCAUCCCCUUGGUGAAGGGUGCCAUUCGGAAAAUGCCUAUUAUGUUAUACCAGUGAUUUCUAACACCCUGUUCCUGGAGGCACGCCAACACAGGGUUCUGGCUAGAUGGGAUACAGCUACAGCCAACUCUUGGAAGAAGUAAGGUUCAAGGGUAGGAUUAAGAUAAAAACAAGUUUUGGCUAAAUGGGGUACAGCUACAGCCUACAUCCUGUGAAAUCUUGAGGUUAGUGUUAGGAUGAAAACAGUGCUCAUUUGAUGAGAUUUAACAAGUUUUGGCCAAAGCUGUAUGCCUUCUAUCCACAACCCCAACGCAGUACAACACUUACUAUUUAAACACACCUGAACCCAUUCAUCAGCUCUUAAGUAGAGACUCCAAGGUGGGAAAUAAUGGGGUCAAGUUUGGGAGACAUCCAAAAUGUGUAGUGCUGGUGUGUCUCCAUGUUACAAAACGCUCUAUUAUAGCAGAAGUUUGAUGACUCUUGAAUGUUGCUAGAUUAAAGCUUAUUAUAUAAUUAUGCACUAACCAAACUUAAAAUAUGUAAUGCACUACUAUAAAAAUAGUUUGUUUUGUAAUUUAUUCUUAAAUUUAAGUUGAUUAAUUUUUUUAACUACAUUUUUUGAAGAUUGUUUAUUCUUGUAUAUUAUUUGUUAUAGUUUAACCUGUUCUGUACCUUUUCACUAACAGUAUAUAGAUAAAUUAUAGUUAUUAUAUCUUGAAUCAUGUACAGUUUAGAGUUGAUCAUAGUCAUUUAUUCUAUACUGACGCUUCAGUGCUGAGCUAUGGAUAAAGAUUCUUUAUGAUAUAUAUAUAUAAAAAAUAUUAAAUCCAUCUACAAU